AUGGCGGGAUCCCGCGCCGCCUCAUGCUCUUGCUCACGAGCCCGCAUAAUAAGGAGCUACUCCCUCCCCCAAACCCAUUCUCUUCGUUCGAGCUCCAGAAAUGCGUCUACCGCUGCAAGUGAAACCACGGCGAACACAAUUAUAAAUACGGCACCGCAGCCAAAACGAAAAUCCAGGGGCAUUGUUUGGACUACACUCAUGGUGCUUGGGUUGGGUUGCGGGUAUAUCUACAUCACAGACACACGAGCUGGAGUACAUCAAUGGCUAGUACCACCCAUGUUGCGAUGGAUAUAUCCAGAUGCCGAAGAUGCCCACCAUUUCGGAGUGGACAUGCUUAAGUCACUAUACCAAUAUGGUCUGCAUCCGCGUGAGAGGGGGAACCCGGACGGAGAUGGCAAAUUGAUGACCAAGGUCUUUGGAUAUACUCUAUGCAAUCCAAUUGGUAUUUCUGGUGGUCUUGAUAAGGACGCGGAGAUUCCAUCCCAGCUCUUUGAGCUUGGGCCAGCGAUCGUCGAGGUGGGAGGGACCACGCCUCUUCCACAGCCAGGAAACCCAAGGCCGAGAGUAUUCCGUAUACCGUCACAGAAUGCGCUGAUUAACCGAUAUGGACUCAACUCAAAAGGAGCAGAUAACAUGGCUUUACUCCUCAGACAGAGAGUCCGCGAUUUUGCAUACUCCGCGGGUUUUGGCCUGGGUGAUGCCGCCGAACAACGAGUCCUAGAUGGAGAGGCUGGUGUGCCUCCAGGAAGUUUGACAGAGGGCAAGCUUCUCGCCGUACAAGUGGCCAAGAACAAGACCACCCCAGAUGGCGAUAUUGAAGCCAUCAAGCGAGAUUAUGUCUACUGCGUUGAUCGCUUGGCGAAAUACGCUGAUAUACUGGUUGUCAACGUCUCCAGCCCAAAUACUCCCGGACUAAGGGACCUACAGCGUGUUGAACCCCUAACAAAGAUAUUGACCGGCGUUGUCCAGGCGGCAAAGCGAGCUGACCGACAGACCAAACCAUAUGUGAUGGUCAAAGUCAGCCCGGAUGAGAACUCUGAAGAACAGGUUAACGGUAUCUGCGAUGCUGUGACCAAAGCAGGUGUCGAUGGUAUUAUUGUUGGAAAUACUACUAACCGUCGGCCCGAAGCUUUACCCAAGGGCUACUCCAUGUCCAACGCAGAACAAAACACUCUUCUUCAAACAGGUGGGUUUUCCGGGCCUCAGCUAAUCGACGGUACGGUGGCGUUGGUUGCCAAGUAUCGUGCCGAACUUGACCGCCGUAGCACCCUUGCAGGCCCGGCAGUGGACGAAGAGAGUAUACCAGCCACCGAAAUUGCGGCUUCUCAGCCUCGAAAAGUCAUCUUUGCUUCCGGUGGUAUUACAAACGGUGUGCAGGCUCUUGCAGCAAUCAAUGCUGGUGCUGAUGUUGCUAUGCUUUAUACCGGCCUAGUGUAUGGUGGAAGCGGGACGAUCACUAGGAUGAAAGAAGAAAUGCGAGCGGCUAUAGGGUCUAACUAG